GUCAGUCUGGCCGCGCGCGCCCACGAUCACUGUCGACCGGCGGUCUCACGUCGUUCACCUCGCGCCGGCGGGACGCGAGUUCGAAUUUCAAACGUUCACCGCUGGGACGAUCGUCCGUCCGUCGGUUCCGCGCGUAUUUAUAGCGUUCCGGCCGCUCCGGAUUCCGCAAAACGCGCCCGGAACACGACGAUCCAGCCGCCUGUCGAUUUCGCGCGCGAUUUCUUCCGAAGGAAAUUUCGCCGGGGUCACGGUUCCAUCGCCGGGGUCACAGUUCCGUCGCCCGGUCACAGUUUCGUCGGGGAACCCACGGAGCGGAGCUAGAAGAGAAAUAGUUGUCCGCGCGUCUUCAUAUCUCCGAUCCGGCGCGGCGAUUGCGCGCCGCAUUCUUGCACGCUCCUCUCACGUGGACCGACCUCGCGAAUUUCAAUUGCGAGAUUCUAGCCCCGGCCGCCGGCGGAAUGCUUUAAUUUCUUCCGCGGUGGUGUUAUCGCGAUCAGAACGCCGACACCGGCCACUUUGCACACGGCCAGCAGGCGUCCCGCAGGAAUGAGACUGCGGGUGUCGGUCGGCCUAUCCCAGACGCCGCUGUCCGACUGCUCCUGAACACCGUCGACUCUCUGGAGCGUUGUUAAACGAAAACAGGACGAUCAAGGUUCCUCGACUGGGCAUGCUACUGGCAAACGUGGAGAGGGCUUGUCUAUUACUAACGGCGAUCCACGUACUACUCGUGAAGGGCGCCGAAGCGGAGACCUUCACCCUCGGAUACAUCACCGGCUCGAAGAGACCUCCAGGGGACCAGGAGUAUCACAAACCCGGCGUUCGGAUAUCCGGUGCAAUAUCGCUCGCCGUGGACGAGGUGAACGCGGGCGAGCUCGGCCGACGGGGACACAAGCUCGACUUCGUCGUCGCUGAAACUUAUGGGGUAGAGGAGAACAGCAUCCGGAUGACUGCGGAUCUGUGGACGAGGAACAUCAGCGCGUACAUCGGUCCCCAAGAAACCUGCAUCCACGAGGGCAGAAUGGCGGCCGCGUUCAACCUCCCCAUGAUAUCUUACUUUUGCACGCACCGCGCGUCCUCCGACAAGAAGGAGUAUCCAACGUUCGCGAGGACCAGGCCGCCCGACACGCAGAUCUCCAAAUCGGUCGUCUCCGUCCUGCUGGCAUUCAACUGGACCAAAGUGACGUUCAUGUACAUGAACUCGUCGCGGUACGAGUUCAACAAGAUGUCGACGGUGGCGCAAACGAUAUUGUCGGCGUUCGAUGCAGCAGGUGUCACGGUGAACUUCCUGCGUUCCUGGCAGGAACCGUACUUCUACGGUUACACGUCGAAUCCGUUCCACGAGAUCGUCGGCGAGACGUAUCGGGAGACGCGCAUUUACGUGAUUCUAGGCGACUAUUAUGAGCACAUAGGUCUCUUGAUAGCUCUGGACGAGAAGAAGCUCUUGGAACAAGGGAAGUACUGGGUUGUCGGCGUCGACAUCGCGCAGUACGACGACAACGAUCCGAAUAAAUACUUCCGCGACGUGUGGGGUGCACCGAUGCACCCGUCCAUUCUGAAAUCGUACCGCAACUACUUCAGCGUGGUAGCAUCCGCGCCGAUCUACUCGGACAACUUCACCCAGCUGGUCCAUGUCUAUCGGGAGAAACCACCCUUCAACUUCAGUAAUCCGGCCAAGAAAAAGGGUGGAAACGUUCAGAUCGUGCCGGAGACGGCGUAUCUGUACGACGCGGUGCAUCUCUACGCGAGGUCGUUGCUGAAAGCUCUGGACGAGGAUCGCGAUCCGCGCAACGGCAUAGAGAUGGUGGCGAGACUUUACGGCGUCAAUUACCGCAGCGCUAUGGGGUACAUGGUAUACAUGGACGAAAAUGGCGAUGCGGAAGGCAAUUACACUCUGAUUGCGAUGGACGAUCAGCCGGCGAAAGGACACGGAUUGUAUCCCAUAGCGAACUUCAUCGGCAAAGAAAACGGCACCAACCUGCCGAAACUUCGAUUAACAAGAGAGAUCUCUUGGAUCGGCGGUGGACCACCUAUCGCGGAACCUCAUUGCGGCUACCACGGCGAAAAAUGCACGUCUCACACCGCGGAGAUCGUCGGUGGCAUCGCCGGUGGUUUCCUGCUGAUCGUCGCCGCGGUGCUGCUGGUGCUGUACAGGAACUGGAGGUACGAGCAGGAGCUAGACUCCCUGCUAUGGAAGGUGAACUACAAAGACAUCCAGAUCAAGGAGCAAAAGGACGAGUCAGCGCCGAUAGUCAACGAGGCGCCCGCCAAAUGCAAUUCCAAGCCGAUGACCCAGCCAAUCGUCCGAACGAGCCAGGUCUCUCUCAGCUCCAACCCGGACGCCGACUUCCGGUACUCGAUGAUCUACACGCAAAUCGGCGUCUACAAGGGCCGCAUAUUCGCGGUGAAGAAGGUUCGGAAGAAAUCGAUCGAGAUAACGCGCGAGAUGAAGAAGGAGCUGAAAGUGAUGCGUGACUUGCGACACGACAACCUGAACGCUUUCAUCGGUGCGUGCACCGAUCCGCCGAACAUCUGCAUCGUGGUCGAAUAUUGUGCACGUGGCAGUCUCAAGGACAUCUUGGAGAACGAGGACAUGAAGCUGGAUAACAUGUUCAUGGCGUCGCUGGUCGGCGACAUCAUCCGAGGCAUGAUCUAUCUGCACGAGUCCGUCAUCAAAUAUCACGGCUCGCUGAGUACGUCGAACUGCCUGGUGGACUCCCGGUGGGUCGUGAAGCUGGCGGAUUUCGGGCUGCACGAGUUCAAGAAGGACGCGGAAUGCGAGCCGUGCGACGUCUUGAAGAAAUACCACGGUUUGCUGUACCGAGCCCCGGAGCUGCUGCGAUCGAACAGAACCCAGGUGCCAACCGCGCGGGACUAUCAGAGAGGAGACGUCUACUCGUUCGCGAUCGUCUUGUACGAGCUUCAAGGCCGGCACGGCCCCUUCGGGAUCGCCGAGGUCUCCGACUCGGAGAUCCUGAAGAAAGUGAUCGCCAGGGAUCCGGCUGUGGAGCCGUUCAGACCGCCGUUGGACCAGCUCGAGAACUGUUUCCAUUUCGUGCGAGACUGUUUGGUGGAGUGCUGGUCCGAAGACCCGGAGCUGCGACCGGACUUCAAGAUCGUCAGAAACAAGCUGAGACCCUUGCGAAAGGGGAUGAAGCCAAACAUCUUCGACAACAUGAUGGCCAUGAUGGAGAAGUACGCAAACAACCUAGAAGCCCUUGUCGACGAACGGACCGACCAGCUCACGGAGGAGAAAAAGAAAACAGACGCGCUGCUCUACGAGAUGCUGCCCCGCUACGUCGCCGAGCAAUUGAAACGGGGACACAAAGUCGAGGCGGAGAGCUUCGAUUCCGUUACCAUUUACUUCAGCGACAUUGUCGGCUUCACCGCUAUGUCCGCCGAGAGCACGCCUUUGCAGGUGGUGGACUUUUUGAACGACCUGUACACCUGCUUCGACUCGACGAUCGAGAAUUACGACGUGUACAAAGUAGAAACGAUCGGGGACGCGUACAUGGUGGUAAGUGGCCUGCCGAUACGGAACGGCAUUCAGCACGCAGGAGAAAUUGCCAGCAUGUCCUUGUGCCUCCUAAACGCCAUUAAACAAUUCACCAUUCGGCACAGGCCCCUCGAUAAGCUGCAGCUAAGGAUCGGCAUACACUCCGGCCCGGUGUGCGCCGGUGUGGUCGGCUUAAAAAUGCCUCGUUAUUGUCUGUUCGGCGACACGGUGAACACUGCCAGCCGCAUGGAGUCCACGGGAUCGCCGCUGAAGAUCCACUGCAGCAGCGAGACGAAGCAUCUGCUGGACCAGCUGGGCGGUUUCAGCGUGGUGGAGAGAGGUCUGGUCUCGAUGAAGGGAAAGGGCGACCGUCUGACCUACUGGCUGAUCGGAGAGGACCCGGUCCUGCGGGAGGAGCGGAACUCGAAGAGGGACGGGCGCAGAGGUGGCUGCCGGAAGACCGGGAACCCGUUGAUCCCGCGCAGCUCGUUGAAGAACAAGUCGCUGGUGCGUUCGACGUUCGUCCGGUGUUCGAGCGAGUCGCCGAAGCGGCUUCGGUUCGCCAGCUCGGACCAGCUGGACCAGAAGUGUUCGCGCGCGAACAGCCAGCUGGAGUCGAUCGCGGACAACAGCCCGUGCAAGCCGAAGAUGUCCUGCGCGAUCAGGUCGUCCUGCAUGGAGAGCUGGCGGUCGUCGAGCAACUCGUGCCCCUGCGUGGAGAAGCUCUGCGAGCAGGACGCGCGGCUGGACGCGGCGGACGCGGACCGCCCGCAGCCGGAAACGAGGAUCGCCAGGAACAAUUGGACGAUCGGGAGCGAGUGCUAUUUCCCGCGAGGCGGGGCCAGGAGCUUCCGGCUGGGACCGAUGGCGCAGGCGACCUGCAGGUCGGCGCCCAGCAGCCCCAGGCACAGCACGCUGAUCUUGAACUGCCAGAGGAGAGCGGCCCAGUCGAACGAGGAGAUCGACGGAUGGGACGCCACCACGCCGCUCAUCUACUACCCGGGAGGACGGUUCGAUUAGAGACUCCGUUUCGACUCUCUUCCCGCGUGCUCGGCACUCGACGCCGGGUCCCGCCGCGGCGACGGCGACGGCUUCCGGUUCGACGGCCGGAUCGGUGACCGCGGCCCGAGGCCGACGAUAGUGCGACGUAAGAGUGAGCCAGUGCGAGGUGCAGUGACCAAGUGAGGUUUCCGCGACGAACGGGAGGAGCUGCGUCGGGAACGAUUCGUCCAAACGUGCGAACGAACCUGUUCGCGCGCGACCACCGAUGCUCCUCUGAACGGACAAAGAGGUAGGACGCUUGAUACGAAUUUCAUUCGAUUAGAACGGCGACCUAGGUAGACGGACCGGGUCUAGCUAGAGCGCAGAUCGAUGCCGCAUUGCAUUUCCACGAUCGGUCGACACGACAAUCACGUUUCGCCGCUUCCGCCCGGCGAAACCAUCGAUCCGAUCGCCAUUCUCGUUGGCCAGUGAAUCUACUGUUCGGGCCUUUCCUCCGUAGCGUCGCGCGACCAGUUGCAGCUACAGCUUUUCUCCUCCCAACCCGUUCGUGUCUCGUUUUCGUUUCGUUCGUAGUUUCGCUCGCGAUAAUUGAUACGAGUAGCUUUUCGGGUACAUCGGUAAUUGGGACAUUCGCGUUAUUUUCACUUUUCGUAGAUUUCGUAUCGAGACUUCGACGUUCUGACAGUGUUUCGUUGUGUAACUAGAGCUAGAAAGGUUCAUUUUUACGUAGAUUUCAGAUUAAAUUAUAUUCGAUAUAUCGAAAAUAUAUGCUGUAGAUCUUCGAGCAAAAUGAGAAUCGCGUUCCAUAAUUACGACAAAAUUCUAAAGUCAUUUUACCGUACCGUUCACGCUGAAAAUCCGUGUCCGUUUGGCGAGACGCGAACAAGGAAAAAGCGCAUUUUGUCCCCGUUUUUAAUUCGUGACGAAACCGCGUAGCGCGACGCUACGGAGGGAACGCGUCGAUACGAUUUCUGUUCCCUCGCUCGCAGUACCACGACCAUGUACCAAAGCCAGACCGUACGUACAAAACGAAGAUACCUAACAAUAGAUGUGUAUUUAUACAUUAUUUAUAGUAUACCAGAGCAAAUGGUGCAAUUCCACGCAUUAGCUUAGACAAUCAAGAAGGCUCGUGCUUUUUAUUCGACAUAAGUACAUGUCUCUAGUCAAUUUAUCUUUAAUUUUAACGCGUCAGUCGGUUCUCCGAUCGCGGACGGGCUCGCGAGGAUAAAGCGUAUCUCGAUGCGAGAAGGUGGAAGACUUUUUGAUGCCCCCUCCUCGCCCCCGUCUAAUCAAAAUGGCCCCGCUGGCACAGUAUUAGCAGACACGGUGUUACCGCCGACGAACGUAGUACUUAAGCCGAUCACUUAUAGAGUAAUAUAUGAACAGCCCGACGAUCGGAAGCUUCGUGAAUUGUAGCUACGAGCAACUUCUGUCCGAAGAUGUGUAUCCUACUUAAGCGCAAUCGAUCCGUCGUGACAUUCGGUCACGUGUAAAUCGAGUAAUUCUACGUGAAAUAAAGAGGUUCAUUCAGAAAACGAAAA